AUGAAAUACACAAUUACACGGCAAUUUUCAUUAAAAAAUGAAAAAUAUGAAAUUGUUAGUGGUUCAAAAACAAUAUGUACAGUCAAAGCAACGCUUUCAAAAGAACGUGCGGGUCAAUUCGAUGUUAAACUAUCAAAUUUAAUAGCAAAACAUCGUGAAGAUGAAUUUUGUGUUAUAGAACCAGAUUUAAAUGUUUCUCGAAAUUAUUUAAUCUAUAUAGAAAAUGGUGAAUCAGGUAAAAAAAAUCUUUUUGGUCAAUUAUCUUACGAACUUUGUAAUUACAAUAAUUAUCUUUAUACUAUUGUUGUUGGAAGAAAGUUAUAUAAAGUGCGAAGUUCUGAUUUAAAAAAUCGAUGUUUAGUGAUAAUAGAUACUUUUGAACAAAAUAAUCUUUCGCAACCAGAUCAAUAUCCAACGCUUCAAUGCCCAGAAACAUUAUUUCAGGUGAUUGAUUCAUUUUCAAAAUUAAAUAAAACUUAUCAUGUUACUAUCAAUGAUAAAGAAAAACAACUUGGAUAUCUUGCAAUUGUUAUUUUACUUGAUCUUCAUGAAUGUAGACGUUCUUGA